UUAAACACAACCCACAUCAGAAAAAAACACAAGAGAGAACAAAUGGGAAGGUCUCCAUGUUGUGAGAAGGCUUUUACAAAUAAGGGGGCUUGGACUAAAGAAGAAGAUGAUAAGCUAAUUGCUUACAUAAGGGUCCAUGGUGAAGGUUGCUGGCCGUCACUACCUAAAGCCGCCGGACUCCUCCGGUGUGGUAAGAGUUGUCGCCUCCGGUGGGUCAAUUAUCUCCGUCCUGACCUCAAACUGGGUAGCUUUACUGAUGAGGAAGAUGAACUCAUCAUCCAAUUGCAUAGUCUCCUUGGCAACAAAUGGUCCCUUAUAUCGUCAAGACUGCCUGGAAGAACUGAUAAUGAAAUAAAGAAUUAUUGGAACACUCAUAUCAAAAGAAAUCUUUUGAAUAGGGGAAUUGAUCCAGUGACUCACUGUCCCGUUUAUGACCAAGGAAGGGUGCCCGAGGUAGAGAAGGCGACGACGUCCUACAACAUUGAUCCAGUGACUCACUGUCCCGUUUAUGACCAAGGAAGGGUGCCCGAGGUGGAGAAGGCGACGACCUCCUACACCAUCUCAUUUUCAAUGGCACGUCCCGAUUUUAAAUAGAUUAAUAUAAUGAAAUGGUAAGAGAUAAUAAUAAUAAUAGUUGGCUUGCCACAGCCCAUAUGCUAAUAGGAUCAAGUCUCCCUAUUCCCUUGGCCCUUUUGUACUAGCUUUGUUUGAUAUGUCUGUAACUAUUUGAAAAUACCCUAGUUUAAUAUUGAGUUAUUUGAAAGAAAAAUAAUGGUUAU